AUGCUGAAACCUCUUAAAAGUUACGAUCGCACGACCGAUCCAUUGUAUCUCUUCCCAAAAACAGAUGAGAUUAUGUCUUUUGCGAGUGGGACCCGCUUGGACUGUGAAUACUACCAUUGGUACCAAAACACCAGUGAUCCGGCUUUUGCCAACUGCUAUGCAUUGUCGAUCCUCUAUAGCAUUGAAUUCGAGGAUUUUAUUCUUUGGAAUCCAUCGCUGGCUGAUACUAGUACGACUGAAGAUUAUAAUGGAACAGAUUCAGCGUCGGUUACAGAUAAUGUAACUUCCGCGCAUGAUUUCACGAACUCCUGCACCAUCUCUUCAAAUCGCCUAUACUGCGUCGCUCUCUCAGCGUCUGCAACUUCCACCAGUGCAAAGACUGGAAUAGCAACACCCACCCCUCGCGCUGGUGGCCGUGAAGUCGGCAUACCCAGGUGGUACAGUGAUGAUGAAGACGACGAUGAGAUUGACCCAGAGACUUACCAAGAACUCUGA